UCUCUCUCUCCCUCCAACCCCCUCCCCCUGCCUGUCCUUAUCUUUCCCUCCGUCUCCAUGGCGACUCACCACCUCGGCUCGCUUGCAUCCCAGCCUCUGCCAGGGAUUCUGAGCCGGGCUCCGUCCCUCCCUCCUCCGGAGUCCUGAAAGGAGUCCGUGCUGCUGGGGCGAGCGGCCGCCACCCUCCGCCUGCCACCACCCGGCUCUGCUGCCCAGGAGGAGCUGCCUAGCCUCGGCCCGCUCGUACCGGAUCCUCUCCCCACCCAAACCUCCCAUGCCGAGGCCCACCUUGUCAGUCACUUCCUUCUGUCACCGGCUGGGCAAACGGGAGAGAAAACAGAGCUUCAUGGGAAACAGCAGCAACAGUUGGUCCCACCCGACGUUCCCCAGGUUGGAGCUGGGCCUGGGGCCCCGGCCGGCUGCGCCCCGGGACCUCCCCGCCUGCUCCAUCUGCCUGGAGCGGCUGCGGGAGCCCAUCUCGCUGGACUGUGGCCACGACUUCUGCCCCCGGUGCUUCAGCACGCACCGCGUCCCAGGCUGCGAGCCACCCUGCUGCCCCGAGUGCCGGAAGAUCUGCCGGCAGAAGAGGGGCUUCCGCAGCCUGGGGGAGAAGAUGCGGCUCCUGCGGCAGCGGGCGCUGCCUCCCGUCCUGCAGGAGACCUGUGCGGUGCGGGCAGAACCGCUGCUCCUGGUGCGUGUCAACGCCUCCGGAGGCCUCAUCCUCAGGAUGGGCGCCAUCAACCGCUGCUUGAAGCACCCCCUGGCCAGGGACACCCCCGUCUGCCUCCUCGCUGUCCUCGGGCAGCAGCACUCAGGGAAGUCUUCGCUCCUCAACCACUUGCUCCAGGGCCUGCCCGGCCUGGAGUCCAGAGAGGGCAGCUGGCCACGAGGGGCUGAGGGGUCCCUGCCGGGCUUCGGCUGCGGCGGCAACGGCCUCACUAGGGGCAUUUGGAUGUGGAGCCACCCCUUUCUGCUGGGGAAGGAAGGCAAGAAGGUGGCUGUGUUCCUGGUGGACACUGGGGACGCCAUGAGCCCUGAGCUGAGCAGAGAGACGAGGAUCAAGCUCUGCGCACUCACCAUGAUGCUGAGCUCCUACCAGAUCCUCAACACCUCCCAGGAGCUGAAAGACACAGACCUGGACCACCUGGAGAUGUUCGUCCAUGUGGCGGAGGUGAUGGGCAAGCAUUAUGGGAUGGUGCCAAUCCAGCACCUGGACCUCCUGGUGCGCAACUCCUCUCACCCCAGCAAGGCGGGGCAGGGGCACGUGGGCGAGGUCCUCCAGAAAUUGUCUGGCAGAUAUCCCAAGGUCCAGGAGUUGCUGCAAGGACGGCGAGCCCGCUGCUACCUGCUGCCUGCUGCGGGGAGGCAGUGGGUGGACAAAGACCACGGCAGCACCGGAGGCGGAGCCGAGGAUGACUGCGGCCGCCUGCUGGGGGCCUACGUGCUGGACGUGCUGAGCGCAGCCCCCCAGCACGCCAAGAGCCGCUGCCCAGGGUACUGGAGCGAGGGGCGCGCCGUGGCCCGAGGGGACCGACGCCUGCUCACGGGACAGCAGCUGGCCCAGGAGAUCAAGAACCUCUCGGGCUGGAUGGGGAGGACGGGGCCUGGUUUCAGCUCCCCGGAGGAGAUGGCGGCGCAGCUGCAUGACCUGAGGAAAGUGGAGGUUGCCAAGAAGGAGUUUGAGGAGUACGUGAGGCAGCAGGACUUGGCCACCAAGCGCAUCUUCUCGGCGCUCCGCGUGCUGCCCGACACCAUGCGGAACCUCCUCUCCACCCAAAAGGACGCGGUCCUGGCGCGGCACGGCGUGGCCCUGCUGUGCAAGGGCAGGGAGCAGACCUUGGAAGCCCUGGAGGCCGAGCUGCAGGCCAUGGCCAAGGCCUUCAUGGACUCCUACACCAUGCGCUUCUGCGGCCACCUGGCAGCCGUGGGCGGCGCCGUGGGGGCGGGGCUCAUGGGUCUGGCGGGGGGCGUGGUGGGGGCGGGCAUGGCAGCAGCGGCGCUGGCGGCCGAGGCUGGGAUGGUGGCGGCCGGAGCUGCUGUGGGUGCCACGGGGGCGGCCGUGGUCGGGGGCGGCGUGGGUGCUGGGCUGGCUGCCACCGUGGGCUGCAUGGAGAAGGAAGAGGACGAGCGGGUACAGGAAGGAGACCGAGAGCCCCUCCUGCAGGAAGAGUAGCCACCCCAGGAGGCAGGAGAGGAAGUGGGGGGAAGCGGUGCCUGCGAUUGCGAGGUGCCCACGCCUACCAGCCUGAAUGACAGUGUGCAGGCGGCUGGCUGGGGGAGGUGCCUUCGACCGGGAGGCAAUGUUUGGGGGUGACGAGCAGAGCGCGGGGCCUGUUUCUGGUUGCAGGUAAUUGCUGAUGUGCCAUCAUCCCAGAUGACCUUGACCCCCGAGUCUCCCACCACAAGUGAGGAUCCACUCUCCCCCACUAUUUUCUUGAUGACCCUGGACUGUUAGCAGGGCUUAGCAGGUGCCAUCCUGGAAGUCUACCCCUGGAUCCUGACCUUGGCAUUCAGGAGCUGGGGACCCUGACUGGGGCUGUGGAAGAGAGCAGGUGUUCAUCCUGAAGCAACCCCCCAGCGCGUGGCUUCCUGCGGCCUCCCAGGGCUCCUGCUGUCUGUCCAGCCCACGUGGGUGCAGCAGUACCCAUGUUGUGUGUGGAAUGCCCUCACCCUGACAGUUUGGAUGCCAAAGAACAGCACAGGAACUGCACCCUGGGCUUGAGCAGUCUUGACAGCGCUCUGUCGAAGUCUUAAGGAGUACAACAAAGUGAGCAGAUCUGUCCUCAAACUUGACCUCGCUCCCUGAGCUUGUAAGAGCCCUCUGCUCCUUGUCAGUCCCGGUGCCCACUGCCGAGGCCUUACAGGGACUCAGGGGCUGGCGGGGUGGGGGCUCUCCCUGGGGGAUGAGGCUCUACAGGAUGGAUGGGGUACGUGACCCUUUAUUUUAUGCAAAAUAAAAAGUGUGUAUGUGGA